CAACCUUGCCCACUGCGAUAAUUUACCUCCUCUGCCCGCCCCUUCCGUCCAUCUCGGCUCCCCACUCCUCAAGCCGAGCUCAGUCCUCACUCCACGUCCGCGUCUCCUGCUGACUCUUCCUCCUCCUCCUCGCCCGGUUCCUCGGAUCAUCAUCCUUACCCUCCCAUCCAUGGCUUCUCCCCUCCAAGUUCAUGUCCUUGCCAUGUGAUCUUCCUCGUGUCUCUGAGAUUCCUCAGGAACCAGAGGAGCUGAAUGUUUCUGAUGAUUAUUCUUGGGGCUGCACAGGCCACAGGGCAGUGAUUGAUUGAUUGAUUGAUUAGGAGGAGGGGAGAAGAAACAGAUACAGAGGGCGGAUGUCGACGGAGAUCCAGGAGGACUCCGGCGACUGCGAGACGGCCCCCGGCGUGAGCACGGUGGCCAUCGCGGUGAGCGGGAGCAGGAGCAGCAGGCACGCGCUCAAGUGGGCCCUCGACAAGUUCGUGCCCGGCGGCAGGGUCCUCUUCCGGAUCCUGCAUGUCCGCCCGCCCAUCACCAUGGUGCCCACUCCAAUGGGCAAUUACAUCCCGGUCUCGCAAGUGCGCGACGACGUGGCAUCGGCAUACCGGGAAGAGCUGGAAUGGCAAGCGAGGAACAUGUUGCUCCCAUACAAGAAGAUGUGUGCUCAGAGACAGGUGGAAGCUGAAGCUGUUUUACUUGAAUCUGAUGAUGUGCCUGCUGCUAUAAGCGAGGAAAUCAACAAAUUCAACAUUGGCAAGUUGGUCUUGGGCUCUUCGUCGAGAAGCAUAUUCCGAAGGAAGCUCAAAGGAAGCAAGACUGCAACCAAAAUCUCCGAAUGCAUUCCAAGCUUCUGUACGGCAUACGUAGUCUCAAAGGGCAAACUGUCAUUCGUGCGCUCGGCUACAUCUGAUGCCUGCGAAACACCCAAGACCAUAUCUUCUUCAACCGUUUCUUCUCCUAGCUUCAGAAGCCUUUCCAGUGCACCCUCAGAGUGCGCUGACAGAAAUGAAGCAGCAGCUGUGUUAUUCCGCCAGUCUUCUCUGUCAUCGCAGCGUGAUCACGCACUCGCAAACAUAAACAGGAGAGCUAGCCCUUCAGGCAGUGGAGGCAGCGAGAUCUCUUACCAUGCUGACACAACCCUGAUGACAAAUUCACACUCGAUUGCAUCGGGAGCGCAGCUCAGUAGCAGCAGCAGUGGGGAUUCAGUUUACAAGAGCUUCCGAAGAGAUAGUUCCCCAGACAUCCCUGACCUGCAGGCAGCAGUUUCAGAAAUUGCUACAAACCUCAAGCAUUCUCAUGACCAGAAGGAUGAUCUGAAGCUUCAAAUUGAGAGUAUGAAGGUCAAAUUGCGACAUCUUCAGAAGCUUCACGAGUGUGCUCACACUGAACCGGUCGACUCCACUCAGAAAUUACACAACAACUUGGGCAUCCAGCGUGUCGAGCACGAAAUCAAGCUUCGAGAAAUCGACCUGACAGAAGAAAUGGUGAGGAGAUUGCUAAGGCGAAUGGAGAGAGAAGAAAAGGAGGUGGCCGAAAGAGAAGCUCAACCUAUACAAACCUCUUCUGGACAGAAAGCAACAGAGGGUGAUGGUGAUCACCAAAAUGCUGGAAAGAUCAACACAGGACUGAAAAAUGCCGGACGAUGUUUAACCGAGUACAAUAGGUACUCAUGGGAGCAUAUCCAAGCGGCGACUUCAUCGUUUUCAAGUGAUCUUGUGAUUGGUAAGGGGACAUAUGGAACAGUCUACAAGGCUAAGUUUCAGCAUACUGUUGCAGCAGUGAAAGUUCUCAACUCCCUUGAAGGUUUUGGAACUCAGCAGUUACAGCAAGAGCUGGAGGUCCUGGGCAAGAUCCGGCACCCACACCUGCUACUGCUGCUGGGUGCGUGCCCGGAGCACGGCUGCGUGGUGUACGAGUACAUGGAGAGCGGCAGCCUGGAUGACGCGCUCCACCACCGCCGGAACGGCACACCGCCGCUUGCCUGGUACGACCGCGUCCGCAUCGCCUGGGAGGUGGCCACCGCAGUUGCCUUCCUCCACAGUGCCAGGCCGGACCCCAUCAUCCACCGCGACCUCAAGCCGGCCAACAUCCUGCUCGACCGGAACCUCGCCAGCAAGGUCGGCGACGUCGGGCUCUCCACGGCACUGCUCCACCACCCGGGCACCGGAGGUGGAGGAGGCCAGCAGCAGUCCACGAUGGUGAGGAACACGACGCCCGUGGGCACGUUCUGCUACAUCGACCCAGAGUACCAGCGGACGGGCGCCGUGUCGGCCAAGUCAGACGUGUACGCGCUCGGCGUGGUAGUGCUGCAGCUGCUCACGGGGCGGACGUCGCCGCUCGGGCUCGCCCACGCCGUGGAGACCACACUGGAGGAAGACAGCGGCGACUCCUUCGCUGAGAUGCUGGACACAACCGCCGGGGAGUGGCCGCCGGAGGAGGCGCGAGAGCUCGCCUUGCUGGCUCUGCGGUGCGCGGAGAUGCGACGCAGGGACCGGCCCGGGCUGCGCGAGCACAUCCUCCCGGCGCUGGAGCGGAUCAAGGACGUCGCAGCCAGAGCCGCCAGGGAGACGAAGGCCCUUCUCCUCCGGACAGCAUCAUCGUCAGCGGCCCCGGGCCACUUCCUCUGCCCCAUUCUUCAGGAAAUCAUGGAGGACCCAUGCGUCGCCGCCGAUGGGUACACCUACGACCGGAAAGCGAUCGAGACAUGGGUGAGCAUGAAGGACAAGUCGCCGAUGACUAACCUCCGGCUGCCGAGCAAGAGCCUCAUCCCCAACCAUUCACUCCGGUCGGCCAUCAUGGACUGGAGCUCCAAGAACAGAUGAUGAUGCACACAAUGUUAGAUAGACCUUGUGCAGAAAUAGUAUUGAGAAAGAUAGCUUUUGUGUUGUGUUGUGUUGUGUUCUGUAGGUACAGCGAAUUGUGCAUGUGAUUCCUCAGGAAAACAUCAAAAUGUGAAUAAACAAAAAAAAGGAUCUUAUCA